GUGUGUUUUGUUUUUUUAAAAACAAACAAGGACGCACAAAGAUUGAUUUGAACUAAGUUAAUAACUAACGAAACCAGUGAUGUAAACCCUAGUUAUGCUGAGAUUAGUUGUAUUGUGUUGGGGUAUAUUUUGGUUUGGUGUAUUAAUGGUAGUUUUGUCUUUAACUCUGUUUAUCCAUAUAUUGCUGAUAGUCUAAUACCAUGGUUUGCUAUGUAUUAUAUUAACAAGGAAUUAAAUAAUACAUAAAUUAUUUUUCUAAUAAAUGCCCCUAAUAUCCUAAAGGGAUAAACUGUAACUAAAUCAGCUUUAGUUAAUUUAACUAACUCCCAAUGAAAAACCUCCUUUAGCUCAAAUCCGGAUUGCAUUAUCACCUCUCCUCAUGAACUCUCAUGUACAACCUUGUUGCCUAGCAACAUUGGUAGUUGGGACAUAAUAACAUAUUUUCAAUUGGGAAACAUGGAAUGCAGAAUAUAGAGCAAUGUGGAAGGCUUCUUUUGUCUGGUAAAUUAUGACUUUUAAUGGUUUUAAAAGGAAGUGGGUGGAAGCUUUUACUCCGUGGAAGAGGGAGCAAAAGGAGGCUCAAUACAGUUCUGACUUUGUAAGUGAACCAGUAAAGUUGAGUCGAACAGAACAGGGAUUUUAUUUGAAUCCUCAAAAUAAUCAUUUAGAUGUUUACAAAAAGAGGGCUGUUUUAAAAGUUUCCACAUCUGUCGUCAGUCUUAAAUCAUACUCGGGGGAAAAAGAGAUAUUUCAAUGUUCUGGGACUAUUAUAGAAAGUGUCGACAGUUAUAGUAUAAUAUUAACCUCUGCAAGUCUCUUUAGGUGUUCCACGAGUGGAAAUUCUAUAGCGGAUAAUAUCAGGGUUAUCGUGUACCUAUUCAAUGGAAGAUCAUUUGAUGGUCAAAUCGAAUCGUAUGACCUCCACUACAAUGUUGCUGCCGUGAAGAUUCAAUCAGACACACCACUUCCAAUUGCAUCCCUGGCUCAUUUAAGUGAUUCUAUCACGAUUGAUCCGAGCCAGCUCCAGAGUACUGAGGAGAAUUCAUUUCAACUUCGUCCACAUUCAAAUUCAUUUGAUCUUGUUCCUGGAGAUAUAGUUAUUGCAGUUGGACGUUUUUAUGCGAAGCCAUAUGAUAUCACGGCUGCUCCUGGUGAAUUCUGCAUUGAUCACUGCGACGAUGACUUAGAGUGUAAAGAGCUUUUCAAGGCGACUUGCAAUAUUAUGAGAAGCGGUAUUGGGGGGCCGCUUAUUAACCGCUAUGGAGAAGUCAUUGGUAUUUGCUUUUAUGAUCCAGGCUCUAUUGCAUUCUUGCCAAUCAAUAUAGCUUCCAUAUGGUGGGAGCAUUAUAAGAAACACAGGCAGUCACGUCGACCUUGGCUUGGGAUGGAAGUAACUAACCUUUAUGCAGCUCGCUUACGAAUUCUGGAAAGAAUUAUUUCAAAGUUCCCUGAUGUCUUGAAAGGUGUCAUUGUUGAAGAGGUCCUACCUGGUUCUUCUGCUGAAUCUGCUGGGAUAAAACCCAAUGAUGUUAUAAUUCAGUUUGGUGGAAAAAGAAUUCAGAGUUUCUUGGAGCUAUUCGAAAACAUGUGGAAUAAUGUUGGAGAAUCUGUGGAGUUGGUCGUGAUAAGAGCAAGUCAUGAUGUUCCUGUACAUCUUAGCAUGGUGGUGGAGGAGGUCACAUCAGAUAAAUUAUACAGCUGGCCACAUUGGGAGGUAUGAUGACAUUCAAGAAUAGUACAUCUUAAGGGUUGCAGAUAGCGUAGUGAGCAGUUUUGCCCCAGAAUACAAUCCACUUUUUUGGAGUUAUAGAGAACACUUCUUGCAAUGGGAUGUUCUCCAAGCAUUUUGUUGCAUUAGUAUAACACCAUAGAAAAUCUAGUUAGUAGUUUACCAAAUUAUCUUAUAUUAAGUAAUUUUUGGCUCAUCUAUGUAUUUGUUGGUAAAUACAAAAAGAUUUGGCUUAUGAGGUAAAAUCAGUCGAAAAGAACCAUAAGAUGGUCAUCUUCAACUUAUGAUGGUAUAGUUUCUACACGCUUUUGAUUUGAUUUAAGCUUUUUGCUAUUUUAUCCCUAA